GAAAGUGUUCCUAGAACGUUGGUAAUAUCGGUUCUUGCGGUGUAUGGAAGAUAAAUGUUGUUGUGAUCUGUAACCAAGUAGAUUUAAUUGUUUAUAGACAAAUUUGUUUAUAUUAUUAUCAAAAUGAAUCCAACGGAGCCCACAAGUACGGAAACCUUAAGUUCCAAAAUGAAAGAUGUUAUCGACGUCUUAGCUAUGCAACGGGAAAAGCGAAAUACUUUACAAAAAAGUAUAACUAUCGAUUAUACCAAAAGUACCGAUAGUUUUACAGUUUCGCGAUUUAUAUUCGAGUGUGGUUUAAAAUUAGAAGCCCAUCCAUUAACUAUCGCCACAGCUGCAACUUUAUAUCAUAGGUUUUUAAAGGAUGCUGCUCCUGGAGGUUACGAUAAUUAUCUAAUUGCUGCCACCUGCCUUUAUUUAGCAGGAAAAGUAAAGGAUGAUAAUCUAAAAAUAAGAGAUGUAAUGAAUGUAUCUUACAGUACUCUGCACAGAGGAUCCCAACCAUUAGAAUUAGGAGAUCAGUAUUGGAGUAUGAGGGACGCGAUUGUUCAAGCAGAACUUUUAAUUAUGCGUAUGCUAAAGUUUCAAGUAACUCCUGUACAUCCACAUAAAUAUAUGUUGCAUUAUUUACGAUCUUUACAAGCAUGGUUUGGAGAAGAGGAAUGGUCUAAGUAUCCUGUUGCCAAGACUAGUAUGGCACUCCUGCAAGAUUUUCAUCAUUCCCCUGCUAUACUUGAUUAUCCACCGAAUUUAAUAGCAAUUGCUUGUAUUAAUCUAUCAUUACAAAUUUACGGCGUAGUAGUACCGUUAAUGGAUGAAUGCGAUCAACAGCCUUGGUUUAAUGUUUUUUGUAAGGAAUUGACAAGAGACAAGCUUUGGGAAAUAAUGGAAAAAGUUAUGGCGGCGUACGACGAAGAACCAGAAACUAGAGAUAACUGAUGCACUGUAAUCUAUCCUUAAUGUAUAAAACAUUCAGAUUCAUUGUAUAUUACACAGUUCUGGCAUUCCUCUCAUGAAAAACUGAUAAUGACAGAGUACAAAAAUAAAUCAAGAUCCUGUAUUUUGUAUUUUUUCCAGA